CCCGAAUGUACGGGGUAACCCCAACUCAACAGCUUGAGCAGCUUAUCUUUCACAACAUGCAGAAUAUCCAACCUUUCGAGAUCGAGAUUCCGGACACGCAGCUAGACACGCUCAAGAGAAAGUUGUCUCUAGCUACCUUCCCGGACGAAGUCUCUUUCAGCAAUGAUCCAAAGUACGGCACACCCCUAAAGGACAUCAAACGGCUUGUAGCCCACUGGAAAGACGGCUACGACUGGCGCAAACACGAAGCGAAGCUGAACCAACUUCCGCAUUUUACAACCACGGUUAACGUAGACGGGUUUGGGGAUCUCGGAAUCCACUUCCUUCAUCAAAAGAGCAGCCGGACGGAUGCAGUCCCGCUGCUGUUCUGUCACGGAUGGCCAGGCGGGUUUUGGGAGCCGAUCAAGAUGCUUGAUCUCCUCGCCGAGCCCGCGGAUGCCUCGCAACCGGCAUUCCAUGUGGUUGCCCCCUCCCUGCCCAACUAUGGGUUCUCAGAAGGGGUCAAUAAACCAGAUUUUGGCCUCCGCCAGUACGCCGAGACGAUUCACAAGCUGAUGUUACAGCUCAACUACGACAAAUACGUUUCCCAAGGCGGCGACUGGGGCUUCCCCAUCACACGACUUCUGGCCCUUGACUACCCCAACCACGUCGUCGCCAGCCACACCAACUUCGUAAAUGUCUUGCCACCCACCCUUUCCCGGCACCCGCUCCUCUAUCUCCGAUCCCUCUUCCACCGCUCCACCCCCGCCGAACGCGCCGGGCUGGCCCGCACCCGCGACUUCUACCGCGAAGGCAUGGGCUACAACGUGAUGCAGGGGACGCGGCCGCACACGAUCGGCGCCGCGCUCGCCGACUCGCCCGUGGCGCUGCUGGCGUGGGUGUACGAGAAGUUGUGCGACUGGACCGACGGCGACAGCUUCGCCUGGACCGACGACGAGGUGCUCACCUGGGUCAGCUGCUACCUCUUCUCGCGCGCGGGGCCCGCCGCCAGCGUGCGUAUCUACUACGAGACGUACCACGGGAGUGGGGAGGCGAUGAAGCGGGCGAGGAGGUGGAUUGGUGGGGUGCCGUUGGGGUUCAGCAUCUUCCCGCGCGAUAUUGCUGUUCCCCCUGCUCUUUGGGGGCGGACGCUGGGGCCGGUUGUGUUUGAGAGGGUGCAUCGGGAGGGUGGGCACUUUGCGGCGUGGGAAAAGCCGGAGGCCUUGGUCGGGGAUCUGAGGGAAAUGUUUGGGAAGGAUGGGGGUGCGAGAAGGGUGCGCGACAGGGUGAGGUCGGCGAAGGCGAAGAUGUGAUGAAGGUAAGCAGACGAAGUUUUGAUGGUGGUAAGGUAAUGAGUGUGACGCUUCCUUUUCUUGUUCAUGUUGGUAUCCGCCUGGGUGUGAUUACCGAUUUAUAUAAAGCAAAUCCGAACCACGCCCGAUCCUGCUA